GAUAGUCCAGGAGUUCUGUUGGAUAGACAGACAGUCAAUUGGCUGCACGGCUGCAACCCUCACUCUUUCUACCUUCUCGAGCAGGAAUAUAAAGCUCUCACCAGAUCUAUUUGGUUGCUGUUGAAGGAAACAGAGGAACUGUUUUUGAGUGGUUCUGAGCACCUGCCUGUGUCAAAAUGAAUGACACUCUGCUGGAUGAUGAGUCCUUCAUGUUCACUUCGGAGUCUGUCGGAGAGGGACAUCCAGACAAGAUAUGUGACCAGAUCAGUGAUGCUGUCCUGGAUGCUCACCUGAAACAGGACCCAGAUGCCAAGGUUGCCUGUGAGACGGUGUGCAAGACUGGCAUGGUGCUGCUGUGUGGAGAGAUCACGUCCCGGGCCAAUGUAGACUACCAGAAGGUUGUCAGAGACACUAUCAAACACAUCGGCUACGACAACUCAGACAAAGGUUUUGACUAUAAGACGUGCAAUGUGUUGGUGGCUCUGGAGCAGCAGAGUCCAGACAUCGCUCAGGGUGUCCACAUCGACAGGAAAGAGGAGGAUAUGGGAGCUGGAGACCAGGGUCUGAUGUUUGGCUAUGCUACAGACGAGACAGAGGAGUGCAUGCCUCUCACCAUCGUCUUGGCUCACAAACUGAAUUCCAAGAUGGCCGAACUCAGACGCAACGGAACCAUCCCCUGGCUCCGCCCAGACUCUAAAACACAGGUGACGGUGCACUAUGAGCAGGAGAACGGGGCAGUGAUCCCUAUAAGGGUCCACACCGUGGUCAUCUCUGUUCAACAUGACGACUUCAUCGGCCUGGAGGAACAGAAGAAGGUGCUCAAGGAAACGGUGAUCCAGGCAGUGGUUCCAGCUAAGUAUCUGGAUGAUAAGACCAUCUACCAUCUGCAGCCCAGUGGACGCUUCGUCAUCGGAGGACCCCAGGGUGAUGCUGGAGUGACAGGUAGGAAGAUCAUCGUUGAUACGUACGGAGGCUGGGGGGCCCACGGUGGUGGAGCUUUCUCUGGUAAAGACUUCUCCAAGGUGGACCGCUCGGCUGCCUAUGCUGCCCGCUGGGUGGCCAAGUCCCUGGUCACGGCCAAACUGUGCAGGAGGGUGCUGGUUCAGGUAUCCUACGCCAUCGGAGUGGCCCACCCUCUGUCCAUCUCCGUGUUCACCUACGGCUCAUCACAGAAGUCUGAGAGAGAGCUGCUGCAUAUCGUCAACAAGAACUUUGACCUACGACCUGGUGUCAUCGUCAGGUGUGUCUUUCCCACCUCUGAUGUGUGUUUUAUCGCUCGCUGCACAGGGAGCUGAACCUGAAGAGGCCAAUCUACCAGAACACAGCGUGCUACGGCCACUUUGGCCGGAGUGAAUUCACCUGGGAAGUCCCUAAAGAGCUCACCUACUAAACAUCCCCUCCUGGUGGUCAAAUAUAUAACGAGCUGAUGUGGAGAUAGAAAACAGGCCCCCUCUACAGGUUACAACCACAAAUGGUUCUGCUUUUUCAUUGGCUAGUGUUGAGGUUAAAGGGAUACUUCGGGAUUUUGGCAACGAGGCCCUUUAUCUACUUCCGCAGAGUCAGAUGAA